GGUUUCCAUGUCCAAAACAGUCAAUAAUCAUGUCUUUUUCAUUCUUUGUACUUUCUUUGAAUAUCGAUUUCUUUGACGUUUGAAUUGGUGUUAAUUAUGGUCGCUGGGGGUUUCCUUUGUCUCCUUUAUGCCAAGCUUCUCACGGCAGAAUCUCGAAGUCUUAUAUAAAUGCGACGCACAUUCCGAGGCCAUUAACAAGAAUCAUCCAAGGACUUGAUCCCGUCAAGUUGCAAUAACUAUGGCCGACCUACAUCCAAUCGUCAUCCUGCCAUUUGAACAUAAAUUCAAAUCUGUUACCUAUACAUGCAGCGGAGAAGGUCUACACAAAGAUGGCCAUUCUUACGAUCCCCACGUCGAAAAAUCAAUACCUCCCAAAGGUCAAAAGCCAGACAAGAGUAUCGGGACGAAGCCAGCAGGUUGGUGGAGAGCCCAGUGCGCAUUUAGAGGAUUGAGUCAAACCGGAUCCAUCACCGAUUUGCAGUCGAGGUUGAAAGGAGCGAAGAAGGAAAUGGUGCCGGAGCUCAAGACCGCAGAGUCCCAAUUGAACAAGGAUUUCAAGAAGCAAAACAUAACUGCGAGAGAUGGCGGUUGGGAAGCCUUGAGGACUGCCGAGGAGAAGGCUGAUGCUGAUCCACAGAGAUACCUUAACGAAGCUUUUCCGGAAAUUGCCACAGGAGAAGCAGCAAAGCCGGGUAUUAUCAUUGUUAAGAAUAAACAUCAAGCUGUCUUAGCUGAAGCUGCGCAUAAGAUGGGAUUAGAGUCUGUGUUAGUGGAUGCCCCUCGAGUGGGUAACAUACGGCCUUCUCCAGAUCAGUGGGUCGUAGUGGGGAGAAUUACAGAUGCUGUAUUGAAUCAGAAGCGUGAGCUUGAAGGAGCAGCGACUCGUUCCAAGGAAAAUAUGUUAAAGAAAACCCCUGGAGAUCGGCCAAAACAGACGGCAAGAAAAUCUGUACCCAGUUCAGGAACGCACGACAAUGUGUCUGAACCCGAAACUCAGUCAGCACGCCCAAUACUACCACUACCGCGGAAAAAACAGACAGCAAGGAAAUUUGUACCCAGUUCAGGAACGCACAACAAUGUGUUUGAACUCGAAACUCACCCAGUGCUACCACUACCACGGGGAAAACAGACGGCUGUAAAAUCUACAAGCAGUACUAGCUCUCACUCAGACCAAUAUUUCGAUAGUAAUGCCGAAAGCCCGGGACCAGUUUCGCCAGGCCCCAAAAGACAGACGGCUGUAAAGUCUACAAGAAGUACCAGAACUCAUUCAGACCUGUUUAAAGACGAGGGCGAAAAUGAAGGUGAUUACAACCAGCCAGCUGCAAAAAGGUUGCGGACAUCGGCCAGCGGCGCGCGAGCCAAUUCAAGCGCCAAGUCGGAAGGUCUAUGGGAUGUUCGAGGUUCAUAUGUGAUCGAUUGCCCAGAAAUUGAAGAAGAAUGGGGAGAGAAAGAAUCGGAGUUUACUCUUGACAUUUAUGUGGAAAACAAAAAUGGAAAACAACAAAUGUUUGCAAUGUUCAAUUUUAUAGUUGUUGAGGGCAUCAUGCGAUUUGAAAGACCAACUGAUGUGACAAGUCCAAAAAAUGGUGAUAGAAAGAGAAAGCGAGAAAGGACUUCUUCUAUAGAUGAGGAUGGAGACGUUACUAUGAGUGAUGUUUCCCAAAAUGGUGCGAAUAACAGUAACUAUAAAGAAAGUGCCUUUUUUCUUGGAGCCAACGAUAGACCCACAGCCCGGAGACCUACAUGGCCAUAUCGCUGGAGAGGCGAGGAGACUGGCGAAGGAGAAAUCCAAGUCGGCUCUGAUAAACGGUUGGAGAGUAUCACCUUUGACGAUAAGAACAAGUCUUUGUCAGGCACGUUCACGUGUGAUUUCGCUGGGAAAUGCAAGUUCACAGGGUCGAAGAUAAUGUACCGGCCGCAAGAUUCACGGAUUGAUCCAGAGAGUCAAUGGGAGAGUCGCAGCGAGGCUGCUUACGAAGAGGCACUUCAGGCACGCUGGAGAUGAUGGUGAUUGUUAACAAAAGCACUAUUCAAUCCUUUUUUGUAGGGGGUCGAUACAUCAUGAUUUCAUAGGUUGUGCAAUCAAAUGCACAUGAGGAGCAAUUGCAAGAUAGGAUAUUUCAGCAACAUUCCGAGAAAGACAUUUGAUUCCAAACAUACUCUUGUAAUAAAGACUGAAGCCA